AUGCUUCCCCCUCUCCUUCUUUCCAUCUUUCCAUCUGUCCCUCUUUCCUUCUUUCCCUCUUUCCCUCUUUCCAUCUUUCCAUCUGUCCUUCUUUCCCUCUUUCCCUCUGCCCCUCUUUCCCUCUGUCAUUCUUUCCCUCUUUCCCUCUGCCCCUCUGUCCUUCUUUCCCUCUUUCCCUCUGCCUCUCUUUCCCUCAGUCCCUCUUUCCCUCUUUCCCUCUGCCCCUCUUUCCCUCAGUCCCUCUUUCCUUCUUUCCCUCUGCCCCUCUUUCCCUCAGUCCCUCUUUCCCUCUGUCCUUCUUUCCCUCAGUUCCUCUUUCCUUCUUUCCCUCUGUCCCUCUUUCACUCUUUCCCCCUUUCCAUCUUUCCCUCUUUCCCUCUUUUCCUUUUUCCUUCUGUCCCUCUUUCCAUCUUUCCCUCUGUUCCUCUUUCCAUCUUCACACCUCACUUCCUAACCCACAUUAUUUUUUCUUUAUUUUCAUCCCCAAUUUUAAAUCAACACCUUUCGACUUCCUCACGAACUAUCUCCACACCUACCGAUCAUUUCAUUCUUUCUCCUACCCUUCCAAACCCAAAGCUGCCACCACUUGUCUUAACCUUUUUUCUUUUUCACCAAACCUCUCGCCCCCCACCCACGCAUAUCAAUGUUUUCGACUUCGUUGCUAGCGCUUUCACAAAAAUAUUCAACUAUAUCAACACUUUAUGUCUGCUACAUAUCUAUCUAUCUAUCUAUCUAUCUAUCUAUCUAUCUAUCUAUCUUAGUCUGUUUUUAACUAUCUAUUUCAGUCUGUUCACCUUUCUCUCUAUUUCCGCCUGUUCAUAUCUAUCUAUCUAUCUAUCUAUCUAUCUAUCUAUCUAUCUUAGUCUGUUUUUAACUAUCUAUCUAUUUCAGUCUGUUCACCUUUCUCUCUAUUUCCGCCUGUUCAUAUCUAUCUAUCUAUCUAUCUAUCUAUCUAUCUAUUUCAGUCUGUUCACCUUUCUCUCUAUUUCCGUCUGUUCAUAUCUAUCUAUCUAUCUAUCUAUCUAUCUAUCUAUCUAUCUUAGUCUGUUUUUAACUAUCUAUCUAUUUCAGUCUGUUCACCUUUCUCUCUAUUUCCGUCUGUUCAUAUCUAUCUAUCUAUCUAUCUAUCUAUCUAUCUAUCUAUCUAUCUAUCUAUCUAUCUAUCUCUUCCGGUGCUUUGUCGACGAUAUAUUAAAAAAGUAG